CUUGGCGAGUGGAAAGGCCCUUGCAUUUUCCUUUUGUACGAAGCCAGUAGACUGUUGCACGAAAGGCACACAAAAUGGCAGCGAAGUUCAGCGAGUCCGAACAAGCAGCCAUCAAAACGGUGUUCGACAAGUUUGACAAGGACGGAGGCGGUUCGAUAGACCGCGAGGAGCUGGGGGAAAUGCUUCGGGAGCUGGGAGAGACCCCCACCGAGGAUGUGGUGACGGCUAUGAUGAUGUCAUUGGAUAAAGACAAAAGUGGAACGAUUGACUUUGAUGAGUUCCUGUCUAUGGUGAAGCAAGUAAAGACCGUCCCACGACAGGACACUCUACUGGCGGUCUUUCAGGAGUAUGAUCAGGACGGCAGCGGAAAGCUGGACGCCGCAGAGAUCAAAGAGGCAAUGAAAAAAGGCGGGUGUGAGAUGUCUGACAAGGCCGUCAGCUACCUCAUCAAACGUGCCGACAAAGACGGGGAUGGCUUCAUCAACUAUCAAGAGUUCGCCAGCAUCAUGAAACCAAAGAAGUGAUGUUAGUCUUACUCUUACCGUACAACAGACGAAAGUUCUGUUCCAUCGUUGAAAAAUUACCGAUGGUUUUAUGCUGUAGGAUAUAGUGUAUUAAUCUCCAAGCAGAUCAUACGGUGGCAAGGCAGUAUCCGUUGGCCAGAGGAGUGUCCAUUAGCCUUCGGUGGGGAA